AUUCCCAGAGACUUUCCUUUCUCUAAUUAAUCAAAAAUUAAAAGCAGAAAAAGAUGGGUUUAGAAUCUAAUGUCUAUUUGAAUGUAUGGAAAAACUCCUCAUUCUUACUUCCAUGUCUUCUCUCUGUCUUCCUUGUGCAUUUUGUAAAGCUUUCCAGCUGGAACAGAUAGAUGGAAAGGAGAAGAAGUUGUCUUCAUGGAGCUAUGCUUGGUUUGCUGCUGCUGUUACUUUGUUUUUCUAUACAUGUUUCAGGAGAUCACCCAACUCAUCCUCAUGAAGUGGAUGCAUUAAAAGCAGUCCGUCGGGAACUCAAAGAUCCAAAAAACAACCUCUGGAAUUGGGAAAAGACAGACCCUUGUGAACCUGGAAAACAAUGGAAUGGAGUAAUCUGUACCAAGAAACAGGGAGAUGGUGGUUAUUUCCACAUUCAAGAAUUGCGAUUGCUGAAUAUGAAUCUUUCUGGAACAUUAUCCCCUCAACUUGGCCAAUUCCCUAAUAUGACUAUAUUAAAUUUUAUCAGGAACAACAUAAGUGGUAGCAUACCAAAGGAGAUAGGAAAUAUGACUUCUUUGCAGUUCCUGCUUUUGACUGGAAACCAGAUAUCGGGGCCCUUACCAGAUGAGCUUGGUUAUCUCCCUAACAUCAUUGUGUUUCAAGUGGACGAAAAUAAUAUCUCAGGACCAUUUCCCAAGUCAUUUGCAAAUCUGCGCAAUUGUGUGCACUUUCACAUGAACAACAAUUCAAUCAGUGGUCAGAUACCAGCUGAGCUUUCUACAUUACCAAAAAUGGAACAUUUCCUGCUAGACAACAACAAACUAUCAGGGCAUCUUCCACCAGAGCUCUCCCAAAUGCCAAACUUGACGACUCUCCAACUUGAUAACAACAACUUUGAGGGAACAGAAAUUCCAGCCUCUUAUGGAAACAUGUCAAAAUUGUUUAAACUGAGUCUUAGGAAUUGCAACUUGCAAGGGAAUGUUCCUGAUUUUAGCCCUAUACCAGAUCUUCUUUACUUAGAUCUUAGUUCAAAUAAACUUAAUGGAUGCAUACCAACAAACAAGCUUUCUGAUAGUAUCACAACCAUUGAUCUAUCACAUAAUUUGCUUAUUGGAUCUAUCCCUUCUAGCUUCUCAGGCCUUCCUCAUCUCCAGAGACUAUCACUUGAAAACAAUUAUUUAACAGGCGAUGUGCCGGCUGAUAUCUGGAAGGGUAUAAAAUUUGCUGCAGUUUCCAAACUUCGCUUAAAUUUUGAGCAUAACUGUCUUGGGAGUAUCUCAGGCAGCUUAAAUCCUCCUCCCAAUGUCACCAUUUUGCUUCAGUAUAAUCCUGUUUGUUUGAAGAAAAAUGAACUAGACAUAUCUCAAUUCUGUGGAACUGAAGAUGGAAAUCUUGUGGAUCCUCCUGGAAACUCGACUAGCUAUUCUGUUGACUGCCCAACUCAACCCUGUCUGGUUGAUGGCUUCUAUGAAUAUGUCCCAGAUCCUCCUCUUUCUUGCUACUGUGAUGUACCUCUCGGAGUUUGGAUUAGGCUGAGAAGUCCUAGCUUUUCACAUUUUCAACCUUACAUUGAUCAAUUUAAAAAAUACAUAACCUCCAAUCUAGAAGUUGAACCACCCUAUCAACUAGAUAUUGGUAAGUACUUAUGGCAAAGAGGUCCUAGACUUUAUCUGUUUUUGAAAUUCUCCCCCAAGAAAAGGAAUGCUACCAGCCUAUUCAUCACAGAUGGGAUCCAACGUAUUUGUGAUCGGUUUGCUACAUUUGAGAUUCCUGGGGAUAAGUUAUUCGGGUCAUAUGAUCUCCUCGAAGUUUGUCAGCUUGGAGAAUAUUGCGAAAGAUCAGGUAUGAGCAAAGGCCAAAUUGCUGGAAUUGUACUAGGAUCGAUCUCUUGCGUUGCUACGUUGCUUCUGGCCAUUGCAUUAUUUUACAAUAAAACUCACCCCAGUUUCCAACAAAAAGCUUCAAAGAACAAAUCUACUCCAAAAAAUCCUAUCAAGUUUGAUGGUGUUAAAGGGUUUAGCUUUGAUGAACUUGCAAGAGCGACAGACAACUUCAGUGUUACUUCCCAAGUUGGCCAAGGAGGCUAUGGAAAAGUUUUCAAAGGGAUUCUAGCUGAUGGCACAGUUGUGGCAAUCAAACGUGCUCAACAAGGAUCCUUGCAGGGUGAGAAAGAAUUCUUAACCGAGAUAGAAGUGCUAUCUCGACUACAUCAUCGCAACCUGGUUUCAUUGGUUGGGUAUUGCGAUGAAGAAGGCGAGCAGAUGUUAGUAUAUGAGUUUCUGCCUAAUGGUUCACUUCACAGUCUUCUCUCUGCCAGGUUUAGAAGUUCCCUUACUUUUGCUAUGAGACUGCGCAUUGCGUUGGACUCAGCCAAGGGAAUUCUCUACCUUCAUACUGAAGCCGAUCCUCCAAUAAUACACCGCGAUAUAAAAGCAAGCAACAUAUUGUUGGACUCCAAGUUUACUGCAAAAGUUUCAGAUUUCGGAAUGUCGAAGGUUGCACCAGUACCAGAUGGCAAAGAAGUGGGAACAGAGACAAUCUGCACAGCUGUGAAAGGCACACCGGGGUACUAUGAUCCAGCAUACUUCUUAACAAACAUGUUAACAGAGAAAAGCGAUGUUUAUAGCCUUGGAAUUGUAUUUCUUGAACUCUUGACAGGGAUGCCACCUAUUUCUCAUGGCAAAAACAUUGUUCGUGAGGUAACAGCAGCAUGUCAAUCGGGGAAGAUGUUCUCUAUCGUGGAUAGGAACAUGGGUCCAUAUACUCCAGAAUGCCUGAAGAAAUUCAUGGACUUGGCCAUAAAGUGUACCAAGGAUGAAACAUCAGCGAGGCCUUCAAUGUCGGAGGUGGUGAGAGAGUUAGAGAACAUAAUCUCAAUGGCUCCAGGUGCAGAAUCAUCAGAGUCCAUUGAUAAUAAUCCAUUAAUAUCCCAAAAUGAAAAGGACGGAUCUUCCUCGGCUGGAACAUCAGGAACUGAAAUGGGAAAGCUCUAUUCUGAAAAAAACAAAUAUGUUUUUUCAGAUUACUCUGGAAGUAACCUUGAUAGUGGUGCCAUCCCCACCAUCAAGCCUCGCUAAGCACACCAAUUUUAUCAACUUUUGGUUUUUUGCUUACUUAAGCUACCUUAUGUACAACAUUAAUACAUUUUUCUUUGCGUUUGAAGGAAUUUUAUAGGAGGGUAGACUUUGUUUGGUAUUAAGGUUGGGUUAAGUUGUACAUAUACGUAUAAUUCAUGAUAAAUAUAUAUUGAUUGAUACA